UGUCUCCUGCUAUGUCUGACUGGGAGGCGGACAGUGAUGAGGACGAGCCUCGCGCAUCCUCCGCUAAGCCUCCCCUGAGCGAGUGGCGCUCGGGGCUGGCGGGUCCUUCGAGGGCUUUGGGGACCCGGCCGGUGGACGAAGAUAAAGAAGAGAGAGGCGGCGGGAAGAGAUGGGGCUCGCGGCCGGCGUCUGCCCGCGAGCCGUGGCAGUCGCGGGCCCUAGAGUAUCGGGCACGCGGCCCCUUUAGAGGAGGAGGAGGCAGGCAGCGGGUGGGGUCCCUCCCAUUGUGCUUCCACCUGGAUAAUGCUCUCAUCGGCACCCUCAUAGGUCGGGGUGGAACUAAAAUUAAGGAACUUGAGGAAUCAUCAGGUUGUAAAAUACAGGUUGUAAAGGGAAAUUAUGAAGCUGAAAUAAAAAUUUUUGGUGGAAGUGAUAAGCAAACAAAAGCUAAAAUGCUGAUUGAUGAUCUUAUUGAAAGCUAUAGUCAAAACAAUACAGGAGAAAGACGUAUUAAAGAUUCCUUUAAGUACCAGGAUAUUGGAAGUACUUCUUACAGUGAAAGUCAAUCUGUAGUUUUCAGUUCUGGAUUCAGUAGUCCAAAACAAUCCAUUAACUGGGCCUCCCUUCGAGAAAACAAAGCUAAAUAUGAAGCCAUGAAGUGGGCUGAUAUGCCUCCAAUUGAAAAGUUCUUUUACAAAGAAGCACCAAAUAUUGCUUUUAUGUCGCAAGAAGAAGCUGAUAAAUGGCGAAAAGAAAACAAUAACAUCACAUGUGAUGAUCUGAAAGAUGGUGAAAAACGUCACAUUCCCAAUCCUAUUUGUAAAUUUGAGGAUGCUUUUAAACAUUAUCCUGACAUUAUGGAAAAUAUAAGAAAAGUUGGUUUUCAGAAGCCUACUCCAAUUCAGUCACAGGCUUGGCCAAUCACACUUCAAGGAUUUGAUCUCAUUGGAAUAGCACAGACGGGUACUGGAAAGACACUAGCUUAUCUAAUGCCUGGAUUCAUUCAUUUGGAUUCACAACCAGUUUCUAGAGAAAAACGCAGUGGACCAGGUAUGUUGGUUCUCACUCCCACUCGAGAACUAGCACUUCAAGUUGAAGCAGAGUGCUCAAAAUAUUCUUAUAAGGGAAUGAAAAGCAUUUGCAUAUACGGUGGUGGAGACCGGAAAGGACAGAUCAAUGUGGUUACCAAAGGCGUGGACAUUGUUAUUGCUACUCCUGGUAGAUUGAAUGACCUGCAAAUGAACAGUUUCAUAAAUCUGAGGAGCAUAACAUACUUGGUAUUGGAUGAAGCGGACAGAAUGCUGGAUAUGGGUUUUGAGCCUCAAAUAAUGAAGAUUUUGUUAGAUAUACGUCCUGACAGACAAACAGUUAUGACCAGUGCUACAUGGCCAGAUGGUGUUCGCCGUCUUGCAAAAUCAUACUUGAAAGAUCCAAUGAUUGUUUAUGUUGGUACUCUAGACUUAGCGGCAGUCAGUACAGUAGAACAGAAGAUUGUUGUUAUUCCAGAAGAAGAAAAAAGAGCUUUCACACGUUAUUUCGUUGACACUAUGAAGUCUGAUGACAAGGUCAUAAUAUUCGUGGGAAAGAAACUUACUGCUGAUGAUCUUUCAAGUGAUUUUGGCCUUCAGGGAAUUCCAGUUCAGUCUUUACAUGGCAAUAGAGAACAGUGUGAUCGUGAACAAGCUUUGGAGGAUUUCAAAAAAGGCAGAGUUCGUAUAUUGAUAGCAACAGAUUUGGCUUCCCGUGGACUUGAUGUGCAAGAUAUCACUCAUGUCUUUAAUUUUGAUUUCCCUCGUAACAUUGAAGAAUAUGUUCAUAGAGUAGGCCGUACUGGACGAGCUGGACGCAUGGGGGAAGCUGUAACACUUGUGACUAGGAAUGAUUGGCGAAUUGCAUCUGAAUUGAUUGACAUUUUAGAAAGAGGAAACCAGGUGAUUCCUGAAGAACUCAUUUCGAUGGCUGAAAGGUAUAAGCAGUUCCAGAUGAAAAAGGAAAUGGAAAAAGAUUUAGGAAAGCCAUGGGGGCGACCUCGAAAAAGUUUCUAAACUAGUCUGAAAUAUUAAUUAUAGUUAGUGCCUAUGGAAAAUUCAGUAGAAUGAUUUGUCUGCCAUUACAACAAAAUAAAUAUUAAGCCUGGUUUUCUUCAAGAAAGGUGCAUUUUCAGUCUUUCUGAAAAACGUUAGGUUCUAUUUGGUACCCGAUUUGGAAACAACUUGUAAAUGUUCUCUGUGCUGCUUUGAAUUCCAUGGAUAUUAAUCUAACUAUUUUGAAAAAAUAUGAGAAUAAAAACCAUAAUGCGACAUA